AUGUCAUAUACCCCAUCUUCAUUCCGUUCGGAGCUAACUAUCCCCGUGAAGAAAGAUCCCAGGACAUUUGAACAGAGCCGAAAGGAUCUUGUCACCAAGUUAGAGAAGAACUAUAAAACCUCCAGUACGGCAGAUACAACUGGAGACGCCGUUUCCACAAUGUCUUCACAAAGUGUGAAAUCCUCGACGCGUAACUCUGGUGCUGGACCACUUGCAGGCGAUUGGGAGUUUCAACGAAGUCGAUGGAUUGAUGAAGCCAAGAAGCAAUUUGAUGAUGAUGUUAGACGCAUGAGGAGCAAUAUGUUUGCUCUUGAGCCAGUAAACGAUUUUGAUCUGGAUAACUGGGAUAACUUUGGUAGCAGAGACCACGGAUUUGAAGCCAUGGAACGUCGAAUGCAGGCAAUGCGGGAACAGAUGGAUAGACAAAUGGGAAUGAUGGGAACAGGAGGUGGUAUGGGUAUUCCCAUGGGUCUACCUUCUACUGGAGGUCAUCAUCAGGUCACUUCCCACUUCUCUAGCUCAUCUUCACGCACAAUCAACGACGGUGGUGUGGUAAAAUCGAAUACAUCCACAACUCAGGAAUCUCGUCAGACUGUUGAUGGCGUGACCACUGGAACAAAGAGCCAUUCGUCAGCUUCAAAUACCAGCAAGCUAGAUGCUGCUGGCAUUCCUGCUGAUAGACAGCUAUUGACAUCUGCUGCCCCUGGAGCUGUCAUUCCAUCCUCACCUGGAAGUGCAGGUGUCAUGGAUUUCCUAUCAAAUGCUUACGAAGUUGGAGAUGAUGGAUUGGUCCACUUCAAGAUCCGCUUUGAUGCCAAGGACUUCUCACCAGAGGAUAUUGAUGUGACCACUGUUGGAAGUCGACUGACAGUUCAAGCCCACAAGACAGUGAAAACCGCGAAUUCUGAGAUCUCGAAGGAAUUCAGCCGAUCCGUCGAUCUUCCACGUUCAAUCGAUCACGAGAAAUUCUCUUGCUCUCUCACGGAGGACGGUGUUCUCGUUUUGGAUGCGCCCGUCAAGGCACCUGAUUAUGCCUCAAUCACGUUCGAUUCAAGUCACAACCUUGGCAUUCGUCCCAAGGAUUCUUCGGCUCUUAAGUCAGCUGAGACCCAAAUCUCUAACUCAAUGUCAAGUAUGAAGAUUACAGGCCAAUCUGGUCCGGUCAUUUUGAAUGACGGAGUUGGUGGACGGAAAAUCCAUUUGGAAGUUCCUGUUGAACCUGAUUACACAGCCGAUGAUCUAUGCGUGAGAAUGGAAGCGAAUCAGAUCUGUGUUUCCGGAAAGAAAGAACGCAGCUCCGAUAGAUCAACCUCGGGUUCAACUUCAAAGAGCUCUGAAUUCACUGAAUUCUCGCGCACAUUUGAAGUACCAGAGACAAUCGAUCCAUUUACUGUUUCAGCUGUUCUCAAAGAUCGCACUCUGGUCAUUGAGGCGCCUCUGCUUUGCACUGUUUAG